UUGAUUAGAACUGAUGAAGUUAGCCGUACACAUUACAGUAAUGAAGUACGGGAUGUUUUGGAACGCGAAUUCGUUCAAAAAAAUUAUGUCGAUCACAUAGAUAAGCACCGAAUUGCGCAUGAAACCGGCCUGACUACUCGUCAGAUUAAAAACUGGUUUAUACACCGAAGGGUCAAAACACGAAAA